AUGGCGAGACUUUAAUAAGUGCACGUCAAGCACGCGAGGAAGUGAAAUGAUGGCCGCGGCUGAUGCGAAAAAGGUUUUGCAGUUAAAACAUCAGCUGAAAGACUCCAGUCAAGCACACACGCUGCUGAAAAUCUUGAAGAAACUUGAACAAUUGGACAUAACACUUGAAAUUCUGGCUGAAACAGGAAUUGGGAAAGUCGUUAACACCUUUCGGAAGCAUGAUGAGGCUGGAAAGUUGGCCAAAAUGUUGGUUAAUCGCUGGAAAACACUUGUUCCAAAAGGCUCUUUAAGUGCAAGUGGUGAACAGCCUGAUGACUUUUCCCAAAAUGAACAGCAUAACAGAGAAGUGGAGGAAAAGAGUAAACGAGAAAACAGCUGUCUUUCAGAGAGUACCAAUUCUAGAAAGAAGCCCAAAAAUGACAAUUCCAGCUCUGAGAGGAAAGCGUCACUGAACACAGACAUUAAAAGCGAAAAACCCCCCAGUAAAUCCAAAAUCUGUUUGAAUGGUGAGAAAAAGGAUGAGCCCAAAAAAGAUUCCAGUUCGAAUCGAGGCUCGCGGUCUCACUGCUCAGGCCAUGGGAAGGAAAAGACGAUCAGCUCUGAGCCAAAGUACGAAAGUGAAAAGAAUGAGAGUGUUUCGAAGUCACUUGCUAAGGUGACUAAUUUAAAAUCAGCUGAAACACAGAGAGAAAAGAGUGGAGACACAGGCAAGAAAGAUAAAAUGAAGAAAACCAAAGAAAAACUAGUAGUGAUGGAGACUGACAAGCAGAAUGAGGAUGGAUUUGAAACACCCUCCAUGUCUUUUGAAGCCUACCUGAGCUACGAUUUUGAGGUCCCCAAACGCAAAAAAAGCUUCAGUUCGGCUAAGAAUCCAAAGAAACGGAAAACUGCCCACAAAGAGAACUCACAAGUUCAGGAAUCUCGUGUGAAGACGAGCAAAGCUGUGACCGAAGACGCACUAGCAACGGCUCCUGAGCACUCAGUGAUGGACUUGCUUAAUAUUCCUCUGCCAACAAGUUUUCCUGAAUGUGAAGAUUUUUCUCAGUAUAAUUACUUCACUGAAAAAAAAGCUGAUCAGAAGGUUGUGGAUAUUUGUGAAGAGGUUCCAGUCUUCACUGGUCAAAGGCUGAAGAAUAAGAUGCAGGUGUACUCUGGUAGUAAAAUCUCAUACCUGCCCACCAUGAUGUCGCUGUACCAGCAAUGCAUUCGGGUGCUGCAGAACAACAUCGACUCUCUCUUUGAAAUCGGAGGUGUGCCGUUUGACAUUUUGGAGCCAGUUCUAGAACGCUGCACUCCUGAGCAGCUACUCCGCAUUGAGGAGUAUAAUCCAGUGUAUGUUGGUGUGACAGACCACCUGUGGGAGAGGCACUGUCAGAGGGACUUCCGGAACGCUCAGCUACAGGAGUAUGAAUCCUGGAGAGAGAUGCACCUGCGCAUGUCUGAGGAGAGAAAGAGAAAACUCCAACAACUCACAAAGAGCAUAGUCUCUGCUCACUCUGGCAAACCCAAAGGUCGGCAGGUGAAAAUGGCAUUCAUUCACUCGGCUGCUAAGCCACCUAGAAAUGUGAGGAUCCAACAGGAGAUUCACGGCACGGCCAGUCCCGUCACCCUGCCUCACCCCACAGACAAGCCCAGUAGUGUGAAAGCUCAUGAGAGUCGGGCCAAAUCCAGCUACAGUGAACCUCCAAAACCCUCCAACAACAAUUCCGGCCAAACCCAAGAUCCACGAAAGAUUAAAAGAGUGGCUCCCAUGAUGGCAAAGUCCCUGAAGGCCUUUAAGAAGCAGCUCACUCGCAGAUAAAUAUAGGAGAUUAUAUUAUAUUUAACGGAAAUGCACCACCCCUGCUCCAUCCACAUGAUCUAAAUGGUUUAGAGUGGUUUAUUUUUCCCCCCUCCCUAAGAUGCUUACAGGAUUGAAGUUUGAUUAACUUAUAUUACUUAUUUGUAUAAACAAUAUUGCACAUUUAUUUCAGAUUGUCUCUGUAUGUGUUGCAAUCAUGGCAGUUUGAAGUCUGAAAUUAAAACCAUAAUUACCUCGAUCUGUUGCGAUGGUUAUGAUGCUUGUCUGCUUGAGCAUAUACACAUCCUGUAUGUGUGUGAGUGGACCCUAAUGUACAAGCUUUGUCUCCAUCUAGUGUGUGUGUGUGUGUGUGUGUGUGUGUGUGUGUGUGUGUGUGUGUGUGUGUGUGGGCAGAAAUACAAAUUAAAGUCGUGUUCAACAGUUGUCUCUUAGUCCAGUGACCCAAAAGUGGGUUGCAGGUCUGUUCUGAUUGGAUUGCAGCGUAAAGUUACAUGCAGCUAAUAAAAUGGAACUAACCAUAUAAUUGUGUUUAGUUAGGAUAGCUAUAUAAAUAGUCUUGACAACUUUUUAACAGGAAGGAGAAAACUCUUUCCACAUCUUUUGUCGAGGUCAAAGGUUGUGUGUCAGGUCAUAUUCUUUGGUAUCAUGGUGCAUGUUCUUCUGUCACUUGGUAAUGAGGCUAAUCCUAAUAAAAUAUUUGGCCCAGUUUUUGUUUGUGCCAUGUGCUAGGUGGUUAAUAACUUUUUCUGCUGUUACUGUAUGUAUCAACAAAUGUUAAUUUUCCUAUGUCAUGUUAAUCAUUUUGCCUAUUGAUGGACCUGUGUAGCUCAUGUCAUGGUAAUAUUAAGUGUUUUUUUUUUUUUUUUUUUAAAUUUGUUUACUACUUUAAGAUGAAUACUGUUGGUGCCAAGUUGGGUCCCGAAGCACAGUUUUGUUUAGAAUAUCCUGAAGUUCAAGAGUUACACCAAAACGUUGUAACACUGAAAAAACCCUAAUAAGUUGGCUCUACUUAAUUUCUUGAGUAAACUCAUUCCCUUAGAAAUUGAAUGGAGUUCACAUGGUGGUCAUAUAGAAUUUAUAGAACUUUGUAUAUAGAAUAUAGAACUUAAAAAGUAACUAGAUGCAAGCAGACCUUGAUUUGCUAUUGAAAUAUUUUUGUUUCCAUUUAGUUUUGUUGUUGAAUUUACUCCAGUUUAGAUUUAUACAAUAACA